AUGGCCGGAUUAGGAUCCUUGGUUCGAAACUAUCGGUUUCUGAUCGCCAUGUUGUCUGCCGUCAUGAUGAUACUGCUUCUGAGAUCGUCUGCAAGCACUGCUGGUAUCUCUGAACAGGUUUCGACGAAGAUUGGGCAGACAGACAUUGACGAUGUCUACAAGACACAACCUAUUAAACAGGAGCCAGGGUACUUGGAGGACGAAAGUAUAAAGAAGGCUGACAAGAAGCUUGAAGACGCUGUUAAGCAGAGCCAACAAAACCCAGAAUACUCCACCGGUACAAAAUGCACAGAGGAACAUCAGUACGUUGUUAUGAUAGAUGCUGGUUCGACCGGCUCGCGUGUUCACAUCUAUGAGUUUGAUAUGUGUACCAAGCCGCCAACUCUGCUCCACGAGACUUUCGAGAUGCUGAAACCUGGUUUGUCCUCAUAUGGCAGUGACCCCGCUGGGGCAGCGCAGUCGCUAGAUAAAUUGCUCGACCUAGCUGUCGAGGUUAUUCCAGAAAAGAGACGUAAGUGUUCGCCAGUUGCAGUCAAGGCCACUGCAGGCCUCAGAAAACUGGGGGAUGAAAAAUCCGCCAAGAUCCUGGAAGCGGUCCGCGCGCACCUGGAAAAAGACUACCCUUUCCCGGUUGUGGAGAAUGGUGCUGUCGUGAUGACCGGCGAUGAAGAAGGCGUCUACGCUUGGAUUACUGCUAACUACUUAUUGGGGAAUAUUGCCGGCAGGGAAAAGGUUCCCACGGCCGCGACUUUCGACCUUGGUGGUGGUUCUACCCAGAUUGUUUUUGAACCUGCCUUCCCACCUAACGAAAAAAUGAUUGAGGGCGAACACAAGUACCCUCUACAAUUUGGCGACGAAAAGUACACCUUGUAUCAGUUUUCACAUCUCGGAUACGGUCUCAUGGAGGGAAGAAACAAAGUCAAUUCUCUCUUGGUCGAAAAUGCCAUCAAAGACAAAAAAAUUUCCAAAGACGACAAGGUCGCUAAGCUCUUUUCGCCAUGUUUACCCCCAGGCGCGAUAGCUGAAGACGUUGAGGUUGAGAUGCCUGACAAGACCUCAAAAACCGUUACUUUCGAGGGUCCUGUUACUCCUGCUGGUCCACAAUGUCGCGCUUUAGCCGAGAAGGUCUUGCACAAAGAUGCCAAAUGUUCAGAGCCGCCUUGCUCCUUCAACGGUGUCCACCAGCCCUCUUUGGUACGCACGUUCAAGGAGUCCAAUGACCUUUACGUUUUCUCGUAUUUCUACGACAAGACCCAACCAUUAGGAUUGCCAUCCUCAUUCACUCUUCAGGAACUCGCAGAUCUUGCAAGAAUGGUAUGCAACGGGGAAUCCGUUUGGGAAAGCGUCUUUAGUGGCAUUCCAGGAUCUAUUGAAAAACUUGAGAAAGAGCCUCAGUGGUGCUUGGAUUUGUCCUUUCAAGUUGCUUUACUCCAUACAGGCUACGACAUCCCGCUAUACCGCGAGCUCAAGACCGCUGAGAAAAUCUCCGACUACGAGCUGGGCUGGUGUCUGGGAGCUUCCUUACCUUUACUCGAAGGCAAGGACUGGAAAUGUAAGAUAGAACAGACUUGA